AUGCGAACAUUUUCUCAUACAUCUCGUUUAUAUACAAAAGAAUUUAUUGAUCGUCAUUUACAAAGUCUUAUUAAUGAUAAUGAAUUUACUUCAAUGUCAUCUGCAUUACUUCAUAUACGUUCUGCUGGUCAUCAUGUUUAUAUAAUUCAACCAUCAAUGAGAUUUAAAGCUCGUGGUCGUCAAUCAACAACUGCUCAAUUACAAUUAUCUGAAUCAAUAUCACUUAUUGAAACAUUAAAUAAAUGGAGUGUUGUUGGCCAUGGAAUAUAUACAUUAAAAACAAGUGGUUCUCAACGUUAUUUAUAUGGUAAAGGUAAUAUUGAAAAAAUAACAAAUGAAAUUCAUGAAUGUCAAGCAACAGCGGUUUUUGUUUCAAUUGAUCGUCUUUCACUUGUACAAAUUGAUGGACUUACAGAAAAAUUUUGUCUACCUGUUUAUGAUAGAUAUUCAAUUGUGCUUCAAAUCUUUAAAAAUCAUGCACAAAGUGGUGCAGCUAAAUUACAAGUUGCUCUAGCUGAAAUUCCAUUAUUAAGAUAUCGUAAAAAUGAUUCUGAAUUAUUUAAAGAUCGCGAACGAAAUCUUCGUGCUGAAGUAGCUAAACUUGAACAACAUCGAAAAUUAUUAAAAAAACGUCGUUUAUCUAUUGAUAUACCUACUGUUGCUGUUGUUGGAUAUACAAAUGCUGGAAAAACAUCAUUAAUCAAAGCAUUAACAAAGGAUGCUUCAUUACAACCAAAAAAUCAAUUAUUCGCUACAUUAGAUGUAACUAUACAUGCUGGUGUUUUACCAAAUGCAUUAAAUGUACUAUAUGUGGAUACAGUUGGCUUUAUUGCUGAUAUUCCAACAACAUUAAUUGAAGCUUUUCGUGCAACAUUGAAUGAUGCUAUAGAUGCUCAUUUAAUAAUUCAUGUUUGUGAUAUAAGUCAUCCUGAUUAUGUUGUACAACAUAAAAUAGUGAUACAAACUUUACGUGAACUUAAUAUUCCUUCAUCAAAACUUGAAUCAAUGAUUACUGUUUUUAAUAAAUUUGAUUUAUUAAAUCAACAAACAUCCGAAGAUCAACAAAUUGAUGAACAAGAUAAUAAUGAAGUUGAAGAAGAGCAAGAAGACGAAGAAGAAGAAAAAAUACUUUCACAAAAACCAAUACAAGAUGUUAAUAUUGAAAAUCAUAAUAGAUUAUAUAUUUCAUGUAAAACUGGUCAAGGUCUUGAUCAACUUACUGAUACACUACAAAAGAAACUUAUGAUUGCAAGUGAUCGCGUUACAUGUGAAUAUCGUGUAUUACAAGGAGGACAAUUUUAUCAAGUACUUGUUAAUGAUAAUAUAUGUACAAUUGAAAAUAUGAUUGUUGAUGAACAUGAUCCACAAUUUAUACGUUUAAAAUGCCUCUUUUCAAAAACUGCUUAUGCUAAAUUUCAAGCUCGUUACAGUGGUGCAUUGAAAUAUCAAAUAUCGAGUGACGCAUAA